AUGAGACCAUCGUUAUUGCUUCUGAAUGCAGCCAAAAAAACUUCUGGAACUAAAGUACCAGUGGAGCUAACACCAUUAUUCCUGGCCAUGAGUGUUGCCUUGGCGUCUGGUUGUUACUUCACAUAUAGGAAACUUUCCACGGACGAUAGUUUAAGAAUAACGUCGAAUCCUGAGCAAUCAGCUUUAGAGGAUGUCCUGAGACAGGCUGAAAAGAAGGCCCAUUGA